UUUAAAAUUUAAAAAUGUCAAGUUCCCAAGAGGAGGGUAAAUCCUGACCCCAAUAUCCAGCCUUUUUCUCUACAAGACUGUGGUUCCUUUUAUAGUACUUUACUUAGAAAUCAAGAGUACAAGUCUCAUAAAUUUCUUUGAGAGAGUUUAUGUGCUCUAGUAUGUAUAUUUUUCCAAGCCUACAACCCCUCAUCUUAAAGAUAAAAUCAUACCAAUGAAUACUCUUUAUAGGAGAAACAUCAAGAGAAGAAAGCAAGAUCAUUAAAAGAGAGGCAAUCUAUGAAGAUGACAACUCGAGUAAUUCCAGCAGUGCAGACGAGGAAGAUCUCUUUGAAGAGUUCAGCAAAAUGGAUGCAGAAAAAGAGACUAAGCCUUCUAUCAACACUGAAGAGGAAAAGUCAACACCUAGGGUGAAUCAGAAGGAUUUAAAUUGCUUCAAGACUUAUAAAUAAGUCUAAAAAGCCUUUUGCUAGGAGCCGCACAGCCUCAAGAAAAGUAAAGAUAACAGGAAAUGGAGCCAAGAGCAAAAGAAAACAGCCAAUUAAAUAAAUUAUGAGUAAAUGUAGCCUACACAAGGUACAAGAUCGUCAGAUAUGUGGCUAAAUAAAAUAUUUGGCUACAGACUCAGUAAGAGUGAUAGUGAUGAAUGGGACAUCUGAUGGCUCGAUGCAGGGAUCUCACAUGAAAGAUUGUUCAAAAUGAAAGCAUUUCAAAGGAUAAAUCACUUCCCAGGGAUGUACGCUAUAGCUAGAAAGAAUUUACUUGCAAGGAAUUUAAUGAAAAUGCAAGACAAAUUUCCUAAUGAAUACGACUUCUUUCCAAAAACCUGGUCUCUUCCCGCUGAAAUGUGCGACUUUAAACUACAAUUUCAAAAUGCGAAUAAUAAAAGAAAAGCAAAUAACCCUACAUUUAUUUGUAAACCUGAAGCUGCUUGACAAGGACGAGGUAUAUUCUUAAUGAACAAUCUAAAUAAGAUACCUACAAAAGACAACUACAUUGCCCAAAAAUACAUCACAAAUCCAUACAUAAUCGAUAAUCUAAAGUUCGAUCUUCGUCUAUAUGUCCUCAUUUGUGGAGUUGAUCCCCUCCGAAUCUACUUAUAUGACGAUGGUUUGGCUAGAUUUGCUACUCACAAGUACAAAAAGCCUACUAAUAAGAAUUUAAAAUAACUCCUUCAUCCACUUAACAAACUAUGCUAUCAACAAAAAUAGCGCUAAAUACGAGAGCAAUACAGGUCUUGAUUCCACUAACAAAGGGCAUAAGCGGAGCUACAAGUCCAUCUUAGAGCACAUGCGUCAUAAAGGAGAGGAUGUAGAGAAACUACAAGAAGAUAUUGAAGCUGGCAUCAUAAAGACUCUCUGAUGCAUACAGCCUUCUCUUGCACAUGCUUACAGGUCAUGUCAGCCUGAGGAUGUUGAGAACUCCAUGUGCUUUGAGAUCCUCGGUUUUGAUAUUCUAAUCGACCAAAAACUAAAGCCAUGGGUGAUCGAAAUCAACACUAGCCCCAGUUUUCAUGUAGACACACCUCUCGAUUACACUAUUAAGAAAGGAGUUAUCGAAGAAAGCAUCAGGUUGCUUAACCUUAGCUACAAUCGUAAACUCAGAUUUAAGAAGAAAGAGAAAACUGAAUUUCAAAGAAGAGUUCUCUCUGGUAAAAUAAGGAGACAAACCCAAGAAGAGAGGAUUAUUACAAAACAAGACUACAACUCUAAAAGAAACGCUAAGGAGCUUAAAGUAGUAGAAAACUUUAAGCUAAUUUAUCCAAAUUUUGAAAUGGAAGUCUAUGAGAACUUCAUGAGCACCGCAAAGAUUAUAUGGGAAGAGUUUACAGGGAGCAGUAAUAAGCCAAAUAAGUCAGAGAAAAAGAGGAAGGAUAGAUUAGACUCUAGUAUAAUUAAUCCACCCAAAGUUGCAAUCAUGCAAAAAGUCGAUAAUAAGACCAUUCUCAAACCAAAGAGAAGAAGACCAGCUAGUGCGUAUUCCCGGCAGAAAGAAAAUAGAUUUACGAAAUCAAUAAAAGAAACUCAGAUUUAUACUAGAACUGAUGAUGACACUGUGAUGAUUAAGAAAGAAAAGAUUACUUACCAGCCUUCGAUUGUGAAUUUGAUGCCAAUAAAAACUAAGUCUAAAAGCUCAAAAUCAACUACAUUCACUGGCAUCCACCAUUCGAAGACAAAGUCUUCCAGUGGAGGAGAUACUCAAUCAAAGAAUUUCAUGCUAAAGCAUCCAAUGAGAGAUAGUAUGAAGAAGAAAGGACUAGCAUAUUCUAAAUAAAGGGAGACCCCCUACCCAAGAUUCUAGAGGAGUUGGUAAGACUCGACCACCUUCAGCAAGGGUUUCCAUGGUCAAGCAAUCGUCAGGUGGAUACCAUAAGGUUAGUAGAACUGAUUCCUUUGCACAAACUAUUUCAGAAGAAGUCAGGAAAAAGUCUAACUCAAAGUAUUUCUCUCAAUCAGUGAAUAAGAAUGACAGAAAUAAGGAAAUGCCUAUUUCUAUAACUACAAUGAACGAUAUAUCUAUGCAUAAGUCUUCCCAACAGAUGGAUCAUAAUGAACCUGCCUUUGAAUACAGUGAAGGGUAUGCAGCUCCUUAUGACUACGAGCCUCUUAACAGCUUAGAUCCUCAACUGAAUUUUCUGAAUAAGAAUAGAAAGAACGGAAUCUCUCAGCCAGUUAUUAAUAAGCAACCAAUCACACAACAUGGAGCUGUCAAAGCAGUUAAUGCCUUCAACACGUUACAUAAAGAUCCUUCGACUAAAAAGAAGGAUAAAGAAGAAAGUGCUGUAUCUCGCCCAAAGAUUACUGAUAGCACAUUUUACAAAAAUGAGAAAUCUAGGAUAGGCACACUUUCUAUCACAGGAAACAAAUCAUACAUAGGGUAUAAGGGGUCCCAUACUUCUAGCACAAGAAGUAUCGGAACAAGACAAAAGCAGAACAGGUCUCAGAGAGUAUCAAAUCGAAGCUUCCAGAGACAAUCCAGAGUUGAAGAUACUUAUAUUCAUUGCAAGAGUACUAUGAAGUCUUUAUUCGACAAUAAGAACACGAAUAUGCUUAAUAAGAGCAUUAAUGACAAAGAUUCCUUUUCAAUAACAAGAAUUCCGCAAAAUAAUAUUUCCAACCUCUCAAGUAAACAAGGAACUGUUGAUGUAAACAACAACUCGAUGGUGGAUUUUGAGAAAAGUAUACAUAGAUUCCGCACUGGCUCAACUAGGAAGAAAAUAGUGACAUACAAGAACAAUUACCUGAUCAAUGAUGAUUUAGAUAUUGGGGAUAAAUAA